CCCAGAUGUUCCCCUCAUUUGGCACUGACUGCGGUGCUCGUGCAUUGGCCCACUUUUCAGGUCGGCUCUUUGUCUCCACGCUAGGUGUUUAUAUCACUGGUUUCGCUGUUAUUAUCUUGCGAUUGCCUCCCCCCGUUCUUCCCCCAUCCUUCUUCCACUAUGCGUCCGCCCUCCUCGAAUCCCUGAACCUUCUUCCAUUGGGAUCGAUAAUGCGUUGCGCGCGGCUCGGUGUCAUCUAAACUGCGGGAUGUCUCCUUCCGAGCAUGUCAGUCGGCCCACCGACCCGGAUGCCCUCGUGCUGGAAGCAUGGGGACAGGGCUUGAUGGUCGGGUCGUUGGUGGUAAUGGCCGCCGUCACCUUUGCCAACAUGAAGAAGCAUAUUCUUCUACACAAGCUCAUUUUCGCCGAACUCAUCCUCGCCAUGCCACAUGGAACCUUCAUUUUCCCUGCGGAACCCGCCUACGGCUGGUACCUGUCCGUCAGCGCCAUCGGAUUGAACAUCUCGUGGAGUCUACACAACGUCAUCGCCUGGAUGAAAAACCGCCCAUUCUUCUCCAAACGAGUGUCCAUGUUCUACAUCAUAACGGUCCUGCUGGUCCAGCCGUACUGGGUCGUGGAAAUCUACGCCAAUUUCACCUAUUUCAACAACAUCAAUCAGAUCUUCACAACCACGCGGCCGUUGGAGCCAUUAUUCCGUGACCCAUGGUGGGUGUUCACCACCGUCUCCCUCUUCUACACCAUCAAGCGCGAAUACAACUUCGGCAUCAUCGAGCUCGUUACCGUCAGCCCGCGUUUCGGCAUCAUGCUGGCAAGUAUGUGUCUCUCCAUCGCCUUCAUCGUCGUCGACACCUGCAGCGUCUUGAGAGUAUUCGACGCAUCAUCCUUACCCACCGGCGUGGAGCCAUUCUGGAAGCUGAGCUUCAUCUUCAAAUGUCUCUGUGACACCGUCAUCCUAGACGACUUCAAGACCGCGCUCGAUCGCAUGCGCGCCCAUUGGUUCCAGAAACGGGCACGGUCCGGCGAGAUCUUCCUACCGCAGUCAUCCUCGCGGGGUGAGCAGUCACGUCCGCGUCAGACGCCCCAGCAGGCUGCAUUCGACGAUGAUGUAGAUGCGGAUCUGGAGACGGGGAUGGGGAUGGAGCCGACUAAGAUGGAUAGUGGGAUCCCGCAGGUCCACACACGAGAGCGCCAACGCGUAUGAUGAACUUGAACCUUGAUACCCAGUAGUAAUGCAUGCAACUGUACAUAUGAUAAUCA